AUGUAUAUGAAAUUCUCAUCCUUCAAGCUCUUGCUCAUCGGUGGAGAGUUGGAACGUCUUUCUAGUCAAUUACGAACAACGGAUACGAUUCUGAUGUCUGGUAUCGAAGCGAAAUUAACGUCGGUGAAGGUGGACGGCGGUGGCGAUGUGGAGUUUGUGAAAUGCGAAUGUUGCGGGCUGACGGAGGAAUGUACGCCGACGUAUAUUGCGACGGUGAGAGAGAGCAAUCAGGGGCGGUGGAUUUGUGGACUUUGUACGGAGGCUGUGAAGGAGGAGAUGGAGAGAUCUUGUUCGGAGUCAGAGGAAGAAGCGUUGGAUCGACAUAUGAGAUUCUGUAAGAACUUCCAGUCGUCGGUGAGUUCGCCGCCGUCAAAUCCAACGGAAGAACUCAUCUCCGCCGUGAAACAGCUUCUUUUCAGAAGUUUGGAUUCUCCAAGAGCCGGCGAUAUCCACCACCACCACCGUUGAACCGGAAAAUUCAAACCGCUACCGGUUUAUCUUCAUCAUCUUCAUUUGUUCGAUUGAACAAUUUUCGUUUUAGCUUUUAGAUGAUUGAUCGAUUAUCAGUUAUUAGGUAUAAGCAAUUACGAGGAUCAAGCUUGAAAAUUCCAUAGGUUUUGAAGUUAGAGUUAUGAAACCUAAUUUAAGCUUUGAUAUCCUGAAAAUUUCCAUGGAUAUUAAAGUAUUAAAUGAGGAAUAAAUUUCUUGUUUAUUGAUCACGUAACCAUUUAAUCAUAAUUUACUCAUUGUUUAGUAAAAUUUGGACGUUUUUUGUAUGCUAAUGCCUAAUUUUUGUGGCCUUAAAAGUUUCUUGAUAUCUAUUAUUGCUUUGUGUGAAAAGGAAAAGAAAAUAAAGGGAGUUUGUUACACUUGAUGGAAAGUUUGAUAUUUAUUUGCUAUAAUGACCUUUCACAAGUUGUUGUAUUGGAAGUUUGUUGAUGAUGGCUUUUUGGCAUAUAUAUGUUGGAGGAUUUUUGUGUUAGUUUUAAAUAUGAAAUGUCAUUUUAUGUUCUUAAUUAUAUUAAAUGAAUUUGUUGAUCUUCAAUUUGAGAAUUUUUUUGAAUUUCUUUUGUUGAAAAAAUGUUGUAAGUUAAAGGAUGCUUGUUAGUAUACUGUGUACAUUUUUGUACACAUUGAUAAGUGUGAAUAGAUAGCAUUUAUUUGUGAUAAUGUUCAAAGUUUAAAGGAUGUUGCGAUAACUGAUAAGUGUGUGAACAUAUAUAGCUUGUAUUGUUUUGUAUUGUUUUCUGAGUUCGAGGUUCUUCUUAUCGUACUACCUCUCAAUGAUAAGAAUUGUUGAUUUUUGCAUUUUUUUAUUUAUUAUUUUGAUGUGGAUCCGUGGAUGAUACUAUUUAUAUAUUUUAUUGUUAGUUGUCAUUGUGUUUUAUAAGACUAUUUAAAUCAAUACACUAGUCAAGUUAAUAAGAAGCCUAAUCAUUAAGAGUUCCACUGGUUUUUGUUUUUGACCGGAGAGUUUGGAAUCUCGAUCCGUUUCUGGGUUUGUAAUUUUUUCUCUUGUUUUUUUCUUCUUUUUUAUUUUUGUUUUGUACUUCCUCCUUGCAUCGUCUUGAUGUAAGGUGUGUUUUUAAUAUAUUUAUCGUUUCCAUUAAAAAAAAA